UCUUCUCCAAGGAGAUAAGAUCGACUGCUGGGCGUACGAGUGGCACCACAGACCCCCAGAGCCCCUAUAAAUCCAUCGGCGCCUCCGUUCUCCUCGACGAGGACGAACAACAGUGCAACGAACAAGUACUCUGCUUUGGAUCAAAGAAUCAAGAACGGAGAACAGAUAAUCGAUGGCUACAUUCGCUGCUGCAGCCGUGGCUCUUCCAGGUCGCGUUGCCGGAUCUCGGCGGUGCGUGGUGGCGCGGGCGUCUGCGACUAUGCCGGUGGCAGGGAGGACGCACUACGAGGUGCUCGGGGUGGGCGCGCGGGCCAGUAGGGGGGAGAUCAAGGCUGCGUACCGGCACCUUGCCAGGGAGGUGCACCCGGACGGCACAGGUGGAGGUGGCAACGAGGGCUUCAUCCGGCUGCACGCGGCCUACGCCACGCUCGCCGACCCCGACGAGCGCGCGUGCUACGACCGGAACGUGGCCGGCCGCGCCGCGGCUAUGAUGAUGCGGCGGGCUGGAGCGGCGGUGCCAGCGUUCCGGCGGAGGACAUGGGAGACCGACCAGUGCUGGUAGGACAGCCGGACAGCCGGACACACGCAUGUUCUGCUUUUCCAUUCCACAGGCCGGUGGCUGUUUGGUUCAGAUACGGCGCGGCGUCGCGGACGUGCUCUCGCCGGAGGAAAAACCGCUUCAGUUGCCGCGCGCUGUUCGAUCCGUCUUGAACGGCCCAGAUCGUGGUCGGAGGAAAAACCGCGACACGGCGAGAGACGUUUUUAGAAUAUCUCUUGUGCGUUCGAUCGUUAGCAAGAUGCAAGAUGCAAAUAUGUAAAUCAAUUCAGACGUAAACUUUAAGGAACUGAUUUACAUAUGCCCUUAAUUGUAGUACUCAGUAAUUGUAGUAUUA